AUGGAAUCAGACCUGAAGGAUCGGUACUGUGAAGGAUUACUGAGACACCACAUGAAUCUUUUCCAGGGGGCGAUGUUGAUGUACACUGUGUUGUUCCUGCUCCUGCUUGCACCAUCUCUGGGCAACAACUGCUCUGAACACUGCAGAGCCUGUGGAGGACCUGAAAGAAAGCAGUGUCUGCAGUGUUUACCAGGGUUCACACUGCACAACAAUGUGUGUGUGGACAUCGAUGAGUGUGGGACGGAGUUGGCGAAGUGUCCAGAGAACACGUACUGCAUCAACACACAUUCUUCCUAUGAGUGUAGAGGUUGCGACCGUGCAUGUGUGGGCUGUAUGGGUGGUGGUCCUGCUCGCUGUAAGAAAUGUGCUCCAGGAUACAGAUCCACCGAUCUGAAGUGUUUAGACAUUGAUGAGUGCAGUGAGGAGGUACUGGCCUGCUCCGAUAUCAACGCUCUGUGUGUGAACACUGAAGGAUCGUUUCAGUGCAACUGCGCACCGGGGUUCACACGCAAAGGCACCGGAUGUGUGAGGAACCAGAAACCUGUGGGAGAGGAACGUGGUUUGUUUGAUGAUCUCCAGGACGACGAGGUGGAGGUGCUGAAGCAGAUGUUCUUCGGUGUGAUUCUGUGCGCUCUGGCUACGCUGGCUGCUAAAGGGGACAUGAUGUUCACCUCCGUGUUCAUCGGCGCUGUGGCGGCCAUGGUGGCCUACUGGCUCUCGGAUAAGAGCGACCGCCUGUUGAACAGCUUCCUGAAGGGCAGAUGAAGGGCGCAGGAGAACAAAGAGGACCAGGACUGAGAGCAAGAAGAGUUCAACAGCUUGGCCUGGAAACUGGGAUUUUUUUUUUUUGCAAAAAGUGACUUGUGAACAUGUCUGUGUGAUGUUCAUGUUAAGUACACUUACCUGAUCUUUUACCAUCAUGAACAAUUUGAAGGGAAAAAAACAGACAUCUGGUAUGAUAUUGUACUUCCAUCUACACAGGAAAUAGAUCUUAUUAUUGUAGAUGUAACCGAAAAUCUAUACACUAUAUAGUGUGAACAUUCAUCAGAUUGAACAUGGUGUACAGUGGUGCUGGAAAGUUUGUGAACCCUUCAGAAUUUUCUGUA